AUGCUUCGUGAGCCGGAGAAGCUCCAACUGCUUCACAUCUCGUUGGUGCGCGAAUACUUAGCGCUGGAUCUGUUGCCGGCGAAGAUAGCCUACAGCCAAGAACAGAUUGCAUUUAGGAACCAGGAUGCUGCUCACGGAGAUUCUCUUUCACCUGGAGGCAGCGCCAGGUUAAAUAGGCCAGGUGAAGCAUCGCAGCAGUCGCCAUUGGAGGGACGACCGAACCGGCGUGUGGAUAAGAUGCUCUGCUGCCCAGCCGAGACAGAGCGCGCUAUCGACGACUUCGUCAUCUUCUGUUUCUUGGCGGGCAAUGACUUCCUGCCGCAUACGUUUUCCACGGACAUUGGGGAAAAAGGGCUUGAUAGAAUACCGUGUACUGGCCGCAUCCGUAACGAGCAAAACGCCGGCGGAUGGCCCAUGGCUUGUCGGGAGCUGCCGAUGCUUAACAAUUUUGGUGGGGACACGUGCAAAGCAUUCCGUGCAAAGUUCUAUAUGCAAAAGCUAAACAUCGUGCUUGGCACGGAAAGAGGCGAAAGGGAACUGCAGCACUUGUGCCAAAGUUAUCUGGAAGGACUCCAGUGGGUUGCAUACUACUACUUCCGAGGCCCGGACGCAAGUGGGUGGAGGUGGUUUUACUCUUACCACUACGCUCCCUUCUUGCGGGACGUGCUCGACUGCAACGUGUUCAGCCCGUCGAUGGUUUCCAGAGGCGCAGGAGCAGGCAAACGCUGCGAGGACCUUUCGUAUCUUUUAGACCGCACAAUCGCAUUGCCUAGCGGGGAGCCAUAUUCACCGUUCAUGCAACUCUUGUCAAUCUUGCCACCUCAGUCGGCUGCAUUACUACCUCCCCAGUUAAGCCACAUCCUAACCCACCCUCCUCCAAGGCUUGCACGUUUCUUCCCGAAAGAUUUCGAAAUCGACAUGGAGGGUGUGAAGGUCCCGUGGGGGGGGGUGGCGCUGCUGCCAUUCUUGGAUGAGGCAGUGCUUGAGAGCGUUGUUUUGCCUUUGCUAGAGAAGCUUCCUCCUGAAGUGCUGAAGCGGAAUGAAACUGGAAAGGUCGUGUUGCUUAUGAGGGAGGGGAAUGAGCAAAUAUGGAGACAGCAUGGUCUGUUAAUAUACGACAGCGACUCGGGAACUUCCGCGUUGGCAACCCUAGACCCUGUCUACGAGCGUGAGUGCUUCUUCUUCAAAAACAAAAUUAUACAUAAGGACCUCGGCGUCGCAUUGGACAUUCCGAGCCUGCUGAACCGUAUAAACAGCUCUAUUGAGGAGGAAGUACCCCAGGGACGUGAACAGCGGCAGGUUCGCAUAUUUCCGUCCUCUCUUCCUUGGGCUUUUCCUGACGUAGUAGACAGUUGCGUUGUUGAGGAGGAAGUCCUCGUCUUACCACCGCUCUUGGCUGCUCGUUUGGAGGUGAGCAAGGUUGUAGGCCUUCUAAAAAUCCUUAGGCCGACGGCUCAUCUCCCCCCAGCAUCCUCUCAGGUGGAUAUAAAGGAUGCAGUCGAUGGCUACGUGGCAACGUUACAGCGGGUCCUACAAUGGACAGAAUUGUCUUCAGUGCGGCCGAGAUGCGGUCCUCCAGUUACGCUGCAGCCACUGCCGAAGCUUCAACCUCAGGGGCAGGAACUUCUCUUCCCAACGGCUCCCCUUCCCGGAGCAUCUCCAGCUGCCGCUGUUUUGACUCCUUCUCUUCAUUCGAAAUGCAUUGCCGAUACGCUGAAUAAAUUGCUCAGCAGCAGAUUUAUUCUCUACGACUACCCUUUUGUAAAGCUGGCAUCUCCGGUUGCUGUGUGGCAUCCUACGUUUUACUUGCCUGUAGAUUUCGGCAGCGCAGUACAGAGCGCUGAUGUCCCCACUGACCCUAUGGAACAGCUGCAGGAAGUGGAAAAGGAAAAGCAACGCCUUCUUUCGCAGGGUGUUGCUGUGGCGGACGAGUCUGAGGCCUUCUAUUUCUUCACGCAGCAUAGAGCAAAGGCGAGAGCUCAGCAGAGUGUUGAGCGACCCCAAAAUACCGCGCCUUACUGGGAUCCAGGCGAGCAGGUCUUAGGCGGCCCCGGCGAGGAAGUACAGCUAGACUGCGCUCCAGUGCAGCCCCUCGAGCUGCAACUGCAGCGCCUCGCGUUAGACGUGACUUGCGCGAUUCCAGGCACAGAACAGCAACAGCUAUCCCGUGGGUAUCACCCCGAGACUGCUCUCUCCACCCUUCUUGUUGAGUUGCUUCCUGUUGAGGAUAUCGUCAUGGAAGAGAAACUAGUCGAUUUACGCACGGCGAACAGCAGCAGCGGCAGCGCUGCUCGUCCAAAUAUGCAUGAGAGGAAGUCCACUGCUUGCGUUCAUUUUCGAUACGGACCGGAAACGGUUUUCCGCCUCCUCCCGCUCCUGUCGACUCCGUCAAAUACCCUCCUUGAAAGCAUGCAGCAGUGUCACCAGGAAGUGAUGGAUGCGGUUGAAGCUCACAGGAAAAUCCAGUGGAAGGCGGGAGAUGACGUUUUCUGUGUCGCACCGAACGAGCAUCAGCAGUUGCGUCUCGGCACCACCGGAGUGCUGGAAAGCUCUCCCGUCAAUGAUAGUUCGCAUCUCUAUGUCCGUGUUUCAUCGUGGCAUGAAGAGCCCAUUGGCUUUCAGACGGAGCUAGAUGACGCAUGCAAAGCGAUCUGCGCAACCAGCUCACAAGGCAAAACUGUUCUGGUUCUUCAGGAAAGAGCUUACACCCUUGAAGAGGCAGCAGGGCUUAUAGGGGUUACCCCUUUCGCCGCAUUCCAAAUCUUCUCGUCUGUCUUCCUCAAGGACGGGGAUAAUUUGUAUGCAGUUGAGCUCGGAAAGCAGCUUAUAGAGGCGUUCCCUGCUUUCGGGCAAGCACUCGAUUCGGCUGGUAGAGGUUCUGGAAGCUUUACGACGAGCUGUCACCUCAAGGCCGCUGAUGUCUUCCGUGGACUGCCAGACCCCGCAUUUUUGGCAUCACGUCUGGCGUCGAUGGCGGCGCAGUCAGCAUCUCGCCGCGCGAAAGCAGUGGCCGGAGAAUAUGCCUGGUUACCAGAUUCAAUCUACAAGGCACUGGAUGAUGAACGGAACGCAUGGAGUAUGGCGACACCGCCUGCUCGCUCGCUGGUGCUUCGUGCGGAAGAGGCCACCUGCGUCCCAGCAGCAGAUCUGCUAUCGAUUCAGAAACACAUCGCAUCCGCAUUCUUACGACUACGGGAAGUCCAGCAGGUGAAGGUCGGGGAGUUUAGAUUUGUAUACACGGUAAUGGCCCAUUUGGGCCAGCGUGUGGCCUACGCCCGGUUCCGCGGAGGACUCAAUUUGAAUCAGCAAGACCAGAACCAAAAAGCAGAGAUUCGCGGGGAGGCGGAUGCGGAAUUCAUACUUUCUCAGAUCAGCGCAGCGGAAAGAGUGACACUGUUUCAGAAGCAGUUGGCUUUCCUGGAGGAUCUGUGCAUCGAGGGGCUUCGAACGGAAACGGAAGCAUUGACACUCUCCGAAUUCUCCUUUGCCCUGCAAGCCACUGGCUACCCCUCUGGUGUAAAGUGA